AGCUCAUAAAUAGAGCGCGGCCGGGCGGAGGAGGGCGCCUGCCGGAGCGUAGUGCAGUAGAUAGAGGGGGACGUCGCCCGCUUGCGCGCCCGCCUGCCCGGGACUCGCCGGUUCGAGACCCGCCAGCCGCCCUCCUGGCAUGGCUUCGCUGCUGGGUUCAUACGCCUGGUCCGAGACGCUGGAGCUGCCCGACGGGGGCGCAGUAUCCGCCGGCGCCGUCGGAGGGAGCCGGCCCGAGAAGGGCCCCCCCGAAAGCCGCAUCCGACGCCCCAUGAACGCCUUCAUGGUGUGGGCCAAAGACGAGAGGAAGCGCUUGGCUGUCCAGAACCCGGAUCUGCACAACGCCGAGCUGAGCAAGAUGUUGGGCAAAUCCUGGAAGGCUCUAACCCUCUCCCAGAAGCGGCCGUACGUGGAAGAGGCCGAGAGGCUGCGGGUGCAGCACAUGCAAGACUACCCCAACUACAAAUACCGGCCACGGAGGAAGAAGCAGAUCAAGCGGAUCUGCAAGCGAGUGGAUCCGGGUUUCCUGCUGGGGCACCUCUCCAGGGACCAGGACUCUGCUGCGCCAGAGAAGCGAAGGUGUGGCAGGGCGGCUGGAGAAAAAGACGGGCAUGCCGACUACUCUCCCGGUCCGGUGUUUCCCAGCCUCGGCAGAUACCGGGAGGUUCAGAACAGCGGCGCUGGUACCCCCAUGGACACUUACCCCUACGGCCUGCCCACCCCUCCAGAGAUGUCCCCCUUGGAUGUGAUAGACCCUGAGCAGAGCUUCUUCUCCUCCCCCUGCUCCGAAGACCCUUGCCACUCCAAUCUGCCCGGGGCCCCCUACUCUCUGGAGUACGCCAGCGGCUCCCUGCAGUGCGGCCGCCCUCUGGGCCACAUGCCCAUCUCUCAAGCCACCCACCCCGCUUCUUCCGCUUGCUCGGCUCCCCCCUCGUGCAACUACUACCCUCCUCCAUCUUUCCACCCGGCCAUGCAGCCCCACGGCCUCCACCCCCACCUGGGCCAGCUGUCGCCUCCCCCCGAGCACCAGAACUUCGAGAGCCUGGAGCAACUGAGCCAAGCGGAGCUGUUGGAGGAGAUGGACCGCAAUGAGUUUGACCAGUACCUGAAUGCCCCUGGACAUGCGGAGCCCGGUGGGCUGGUCGUCAACGGGCACAUCCAGGUGUCUCAGGCACCGGGCGGCUCCCAUUCCUCCGAGACCAGCCUCAUUUCCGUCCUUGCCGAUGCCACAGCCACUUAUUACAACAGCUACAGCGUUUCUUAGGCGUGUGGGGAGAAAUUGGCUCCGCAGGCUGACCGAGGACAGGCUUUGCCGGACGAUAAAAACCUGUGGGUCACCUUUGGCCUCUCUCUGCCCUUUCUCCUCAGGGUUUCUCUCUCCCCCCCCCUUCCCCGCAGCCGUCUGAUCUGAAAUCACCUUGGACGUUGCCUGCUCGGCUUCAAGACUCUGUCGAGUGCACCUAAAUAUUAUGAGCAUCUUAACUUCAGAAAGGCCUUUUGAAAGUUGGAAAGUUUCAGUUGGAAAGGCCCUUUCGGUUCCACUUCAAAGGGUCGUGGGAACCUUUUGAUUGACCGCCCGAGCGUCUUAAUCUGGAAACAUUCCUGUCCCUCUCAUUGGAUCGAAGUGUCUGCAUUUCCCCCUAUUGGGACGAUAUUAAAUAUGUCAUUCUAAAGCAGGCAUCCCCAAACUGCGGCCCUCCAGAUGUUUUGGCCUACAACUCCCAGGACCCCAAGUUACAGGACCAGUGGUUGGGGAAGAUGCGAAUUGUAGUCCAAAACAUCUGGAGGGCCUAAGUUUGGGUGUGCCUGCUCUAAAUCGACACAGGGAAUACUCGUCAAUUAAAAUGUUUUUCACCUUGCCCCCAGUCAAAUGUAAGUAAUCCCCAACUGGUUGCUGGUUACUCUGCUCCUCCACUCCGGUGUAGCAUUUUAAUUCUUCCUUCCUCUCUCUCUCCUUCAGUUUAGGGGAAACUGAACACCGCCCCUUGAAUACCAUUGGAACGGCGGUGGGGGGGGGUUGAGUGUGUUCUGUGUUGGAGUUUGAAUGCAGUAAAAAUAUAUAUAGGUAAAACACUACACGGGGACAUAUGAGCAGUGUUUCACCAAUAUAGCAGCAGAAAGCAUUUAAAAAUUAAGUGAUAAGAUAGACAAGGCAAUGAUGUGUUAUGAACGUAAAACAUAGAACGUCAGGUGUCCCUCUGAGUCAUCAAAACCAUUCCUUGAUGAUCCCUUGACAUUAAAAACCAUGCGUGUAGAUCAGGCAUCCCCAAACUUCGGCCCUCCAGAUGUUUUGGACUACAAUUCCCAUCAUCCCUGACCACUGGUCCUGCUAGCUAGGGAUCAUGGGAGUUGUAGGCCAAAACAUCUGGAGGGCCGCAGUUUGGGGGUGCCUGGUGUAGAUCCUCUCCAGGUCUUCGUCAUAGAGUCUAUGCUCAGCUUUCUGUCCUUUCCUUCCUUUUUGUGGGGCUGCCGUGGGAUAGUUUCUCAGGUUGAAGCCAGAAAUAGCCCGUCAGAAGGGUUGAAAGGGAUGGGGCAUCCCCGGUACACCAGGACAUUUCCUUCCCCCCCCCCCACCUACCGCCAACUACAAAACUUCUUUUAAAAAUGAUGUUAGUAGGACGAAUAUUCACCCUUUGGAACCGAUACCUCUCUCGUCCACUCCAUAAAAUCUGACCAUCAGUCUUGCAAUAACUCCUUUGUAGAAAUGGACUUAUUUGAAAGGCUGAUUUAGCACCUAUAUUUUCAAACUUGGGAGCAUAGUUCAUGUAGAAAGCAGUGAGGGUUUUGUUGUUGUUGUUUUAGGUGGGAAAAACCCUGGGAGAACGUGCAUGCUUGAGUGAUAAGUCAUAAGGAUUGCUGAUCCCCAGAGAGGCCUUACAGUACCAGGAAGAGAAGGGAUACCUGAGGACACCUCAAUGAUUUCUUAAAAAAAUAAAAUGCAAUAUUGCCACCAAGUCUCAACAUGUGCCCUGCAUCUUGGGAAACACAGAAAUCCCUUAAGUGUGCCUUGUGAAAGGCAACCUUUGCAUCAUGGUUGUUUUUUUUCCAGAGCAAGGGUGAAGUUGGUUGACUUCCAGGGGUGUCAGCCUUCUAUGCACACAUCUGCAAAAUGACUAAGCUGCACAGGGAGAAUUUCACUUAGAAUCAUAGAAUCAUAGAGUUGGAAGAGACCACGAGGGCCAUCCAGUCCAACCCCCUGCCAAGCAGGAAACGCCAUCAAAGCAUUCUUGACAGAUGCCUGUCAAGCCUCUGCUUAAAGACCUCCAAAGAAGGAGACUCCACCACACUCCUUGGUAGCAAAAUUCCACUGCCGAACAGCUCUUGCUGUCAGGAAGUUCUUCCUAAUGUUUAGGUGGAAUCUUCAUUCUUGUAGUUUGAAUCCAUUGCUCCGUGUCCGCUUCUCUGGAGCAGCAGAAAACAACCUUUCUCCCUCCUCCAUAUGACAUCCUUUCAUAUAUUUGAACAUGGCUAUCAUAUCACCCCUUAACCUUCUCUUCUCCAGGCUAAACAUACCCAGCUCCCUAAGCUGUUCCUCAGAAGGCAUCGUUUCCAGGCCUUUGACCAUUUUGGUUGCCCUCUUCUGGACACGUUCCAGCUUGUCAGUAUCCUUCUUGAACUGUGGUGCCCAGAACUGGACACAGUUCUCCAGGUGACGUCUGACCAGAGCAGAAUACAGUGGUACUUUUACUUCCCUAGAUCUAGAUGCUAUACUCCUGUUGAUGCAGCCCAGAAUUGCAUUGGCUUUUUUAGCUGCUGCAUCACACUGCUGACUCAUGUCAAGUCUGUGGUCUACCAAGACUCCUAGAUCCUUUUUCUUCUGACGCUUCGUGCAGGAUCCUUCCCUGGCGAAAGGGUCCAACUCAGGUCUUCUCCAUAACGAGAAAGCAAAGAGAGGGAGAGAGCCCAGCUUCCUGUUCUCACGGUGGACAACAUGAAACCUACAAGCAGAUUUUGAGCAUAAUACCACUCUCCUCACCGAGUAGCCGUGGUUAUUCUUUGACUCCAGUGCCAGGCAUUCAGGGAUACACUGCCUCUUAACCUGGAGGUUCUGUUUAGAUAAUCAAGCCUUUGAGACGUCUGUGAAUCUGCCCUAUGCCCCUUCUCAGGUUCUUCGAGUCACUGGCAAUGGUGGCGACUCAAGCAGUGAAUGCUCAAUGUUUUCUGUGCCUCGUGCAGAGAAGCAUUUUAUUUUGCUUGGCGACCCCCAGAUCUCAUCUGGGAGAAGGAGGGGAAAGAAGCAAAUUUCUCCCUCUACCCCAGAUUUCUUCUCGCCAUGCAUACAGAAAGUACCGAAUUAGGGUAUUUUCAAGGGGGACUAGUGCUUCAGAGCAGACUGUUUGCUAGUCAAGGUGAAGUUUGGAUGUUCUCUGAGAGCCCUGAGAGAAGUGACCUGGCGGCCAUCCAACUCUCUCCCCCCCCCCCCCCGCCCCCCAAGACAGGUAGCUGCCCUACGAUGGCAACAGAGAAAGUGGACACCCCCAGAGAGAAAACCCUCUCUCUCGUAACACCAGAACUCGUGGACAGCCAAUGCAGCUGAAUGUUGGAAAGGUUCAGGCCAGAUAAAAGGAAGCAUUUCUUCAAGGAAUGCCAUAGAUAACCUGUGGAACUCCCUGCCACAAGAGGCAGCCAUGGCCACCAACUUGGAUGGCUUUAGAAGAGGAUUAGACAAAUUCAUGGAGGAGGAGAGGGCUACUAGCCAUGGCUACUAGCCAGGAUGUCUAUGCUCUGCUUCCACAGCUGGAGGCAGCAAUGCUUCUGAAUCCCAGUUGCUGGAAACUACAGGAGGAGGAAGGGCUCUUGGUGCUCAGGUCCUGCUUGCAGGUUUCCAACAUGCAUCUGACUGGCCCCUGCGGAGUAGACGGGCCACUGUUCUGACUCAGCCAGCUCUUCUAAUGUUCUUAACUGGCCUUCCCUAGAAGCUCCAUCUUCCAAGCCAGCUCAUUCCAUCACUUGAGAGCCAGUGUGGUGUAGUGGUUAAGAGCGGUAGACUCGUAAUCUGGGGAGCUGUGUUCGCGUCUCCACUCCUCCACAUGCAGCUGCUGGGUGACCUUGGGCUAGUCUCACUUCUCUGAAGUCUCUCAGCCUCACUCACCUCACAGAGUGUUUGUUGUGGGGGAGGAAGGGAAAGGAGAAUGUUAGCCGCUUUGAGACUCCUUCGGGGAGUGAUAAAGCGGGAUAUCAAAUCCAAACUCUAAAUGCAGGCUUCCUCAAACUCGGCCCUCCAGAUGAUUUGAGACUACAGUUCCCAUCAUCCCUGGCCACUGGUCCUGCUAGCUAGGGAUCAUGGGAAUUGUAGGCCAAAAACACCUGGAGGGCCGAGGUUGAGGAAGCCUGACUUAAUGACUCUCUUGGCAGCGACGUUUUUGCCCAAACCUUUUAUUCCAAAUGUAACUUUGAGGGGGGGGGCUUUUCCCCCCACCCACCACAGCUCCUGUGCUUUGUGCCUCUGGAACAUCCUUUUUCAGUAUGGAGAGGAGCUGUUGUCUCAUCUCCUCCUGUAUCAUUUUUUUUUUGUCCUGGUCAGCAAUCAUUAAAUUAGAUGGUAGGGUGACAAGCGAACCACUCCCUGAUCUGCCACUCUGGGCCAUUUCCACACCUGGUGAAACGGCUCUUUGUAGGCCCAGCGUGGCAGGUCAGGUCUGGGUGUGGCUUGUCAUUUCCAGGCACUCCUCCAGCUUCACGUUGCUUUGCACAACAUGCCGAGAUGCCGCGCUCUCGGUGUGGCAAGAAAACGAGAGAGGUUUCCAUGUCCCGGCCAUCUGCAGCAGACAUUGUGUUGCAAGUCGAACCACCCCAUGCUUCUCUGAAUCUAAACCGUGGUUUCCCAAACUUGGGCCUCCAGCUGUUGUUGGGCUACAACUCCCAUCAUCCCUAGCUAGCAGGACCCAGUGGUCAGGGAUGAUGGGAAUUGUAGUCCAAAAACAAAAGGAGGCCCAAGUUUGGGAAACCUAGCAGGGCUCUUUCUUAAGGCUACAAACCGGUGCUUCUAGGAAAGGGGGAUAAAUUUGAGUUUGUUUUCAUUUUAAUGAGAAACUACCCCAUUUGCUCUUGAACCAAUAUGUAAACUGAGCCGUGUUCGUCCUUCGAAAUGUGCAAGAGUUUGAAUUUUGCAGUGCCCACCCCUCAACCAAACAGUCUGUGCACUGUUGCAUAUGUUAGAGAAAGUGCACACAAAACGCGUAUCUCAGCAAAAAACAACAACAACAUACAGAAACACAUUUUAUCAGGGGAAACAGCUUGCCAAAAUGUGUACGUCGGUCAAAAACUGGAUGCAAAAUUGUGUUCCUUCAGAGGAAUUGGCACUGAAGUGGGGAUGAAAUUUCAUGGGGAAUAAUAAUUUCAAAGAUGCAAAUUGCUGCCAAUAGAAAAAUGAGAAAGUGGAAAGAUCCCUCCAGGCCUGCCUUGCACGUUUCAUUUUGCGGUGCACAUGUGCGUUGCGCACUGAAAAUGUGUGUCUUUUAAAUUGGAACUUAAGGGGGGAAAUGCGUGAAACAGGAAUUCUGUUUCCUUGGGCAGAGACUGCAGGCAGAUUCUCAUCCUGUGUCUCUAACAAGGACAUCUCCCAUGUAAGCAGCUAUAGGCUGGCAGCCUCUGUGAUCCAGCCUCUCCAAAGAUUUUGCCAUUUUGCAAGACGAGACGUUUUUGCCCUUGUUUCUUCCCGCGAUCCGGAGACUGCUCCCACACUGUUGCAACCCCACUGACGUGAGUGGGAAUACGAUGGGGCCGUAAAUCGUUUGCUCUAUCUUUAAAACUCACCGCCCAAGUAAAUGUGUGUCGCGGGUGCGGUUUCACGAGCCGCUUGCUCCAGCAGACUAAAAAUCAGGGCGCCUUGCAGAAAUAGUGUGGCAGUUAUGCAGGCUGACGCUGCCAGUUGAAAAGUUCAGACGUUUCAGAUGUUUUGUGAUUCAUUUCAGAGGCUGGCUAUCGGAGAGCAUAUUCUCAGAGAUGUGAUUCAUUCGUGUGCUCCAGGGCUGAGUCUUGGCUUUAACUAGAUCCCCUGACUGUGCGAAAUUAAUUAAUUUAACAGCCUAUUCUGCACACACACACACACACACACACACACACACACA